CAUAUUUUAUUCGCCGUUGAGUCAUUAAUCACCCAGGUUCACUACGGUGGCGUUUCAAGGUUUCGACCAUUGUCUUCUUUCUGUGAUCAUCAAUCGGACUAAUUUUCUUUCCCAGUUCCCUCGUCGUCGCAGAUCUGAAAAUCUCACUCUGAUUCUCUUCCGUACGCUUCCGCAGAUCGUUUCGUCGAAACGUUCCGAGAAAAACGACACCGUUCUAUCGGCAUCUGGAAUCGCCGCCACAGAAAUCUGAAGGGUGUAGGCGUAGAAAAUGGUGUUGGUAUCGGCGGCACGGGAUUACAUCAAUCGGAUGCUUCAAGACAUCUCCGGCAUGAAAGUUCUCAUCCUCGAUUCUUACACUAUUAGUAUAGUGAGUGUUGUGUAUUCACAGUCCGAGCUACUUCAAAAAGAAGUAUUCUUGGUAGAAUUGGUAGAAUCAAUUUCCAUGUCAAGAGAAUCAAUGUCACAUCUUAAAGCUGUUUGCUUUCUACGGCCCAUCUCAGAGAACAUCCAACAUUUGCGGCGUCAGUUGGCCAGUCCUAGAUUUGGAGAGUACCACUUAUUUUUCUCCAACAUAUUGAAGGAUACUCAAAUUCAUAUCUUAGCGGAUUCAGAUGAGCAAGAAAUUGUCCAACAACUUCAGGAGUUCUAUGCAGAUUUUGUUGCCGUUGAUCCUUACCAUUUCACUUUGAAUAUUCAAUCAAAUCACACGUAUAUGCUCCCAGCAGUUGUAGAUCCUUCAAAUUGGCAGCAUUUAUGUGACCGAGUUGUUGAUGGUAUUGCAGCUGUUUUUCUAGCAUUAAAACGACGACCCAUCAUUCGGUACCAAAGUAAAUCUGACAUAGCGAAAAGGGUUGCACAUGAAACAGCAAAGCUGAUGUACCAGCAGGAAAGUGGUCUUUUUGAUUUCAGACGGACAGAAGUUUCUCCUUUGUUGCUGGUGAUUGAUAGGAGAGAUGACCCUGUAACACCACUAUUGAAUCAGUGGACUUAUCAGGCAAUGGUUCAUGAAUUGAUUGGUAUUCAAGACAAUAAGGUGGAUUUAAGAAACAUGGGUAAAUUCUCAAAGGAUCAACAGGAGGUUGUGCUGUCAUCAGAACAAGAUUCCUUUUUCAAAUCUAACAUGUAUGAGAAUUUCGGAGAUAUAGGGAUGAACAUCAAACAUUUAGUGGAUGAAUUUCAACAAAUUUCAAAAAGCAAUCAGAAUAUCCAGACAAUAGAAGAUAUGGCCAAGUUUGUUGACAACUACCCUGAGUACAGGCAAAUGCAUGGCAAUGUCUCAAAGCAUGUAACAUUGGUCACAGAAAUGAGCAAGAUAGUUGAGGAGCGGAAACUUAUGCUAGUUUCACAAACAGAACAAGAGUUGGCUUGCAAUGGUGGAGAAGUGACAGCUUUUGAGGCAGUUAAAAAUCUAUUAGACAAUGAAAAUUUAUCUGAAAUUGACCGCCUACGCCUUGUGAUGUUGUAUGCUCUGCGCUAUGAGAAGGAGAAACCGGUCAAUCUGAUGAAUCUUUGUAACAAAUUGGCUUCUCAGUCUGCCAAGUACAAACCUGGGCAGCUUGUACAGUUCCUCUUGAAGCAAGCUGGUGUUGAUAAGCGGAGUGGAGAUCUAUUUGGAAAUCGUGAUCUUUUAAAUAUUGCUCGUAAUAUGGCACGUGGACUGAAGGGAGUUGAGAAUGUCUACACACAACACCAGCCUUUUCUCUUCCAAACCAUGGAAAAUAUUGUUAAGGGACGGCUGAAAGAUACAGAAUAUCCAUAUGUUGGAAAUCACUUCCAGCAGGGCAGGCCACAGGAUGUGGUCAUUUUCAUUGUUGGUGGCACAACAUAUGAGGAAUCUCGUUCUGUUGCUUUACAAAAUGCCAGCAAUUCUGGAACUCGUUUUAUACUCGGCGGUUCCGUGGUUCUCAAUUCUAAGAGGUUUCUGAAGGAUUUGGAAGAAGCUCAGAGGAUAACUCGUUCCAGCCCUUCAGUGAUUUGAAACCAUGUGUACCUUACCGACCAUCUUGUGAGCCAUGUAGAUAGCUUCUUGCAAACUUAUAUUUGAGUACGUUGAUGAAGUCAUUCGUCUCACUGUUCUCUAGUAGCCGUGGGCAUUUUAUAUUGAUUUGCAUAGAAGAAGUGAAUAUUGAUUUGCAUAGAAGAAGUGAAUACAAUUUGGCAAAAUCCAGUGAACCAGUUUGGGAGACAAAGAUCCUAACUGCCGCCCCAAGCUUCUCAUACAAAACAAAAGAAGAGGAUUUGGAAAUUUACAUCUGUGUACUCAUUUUGACUAACCAUGACGGAUAUAAUAUCAAUUAGUGGAUGAAAAUUUAGAAGAGAGAAUUGCCUUUUUUUUUUUAAAAA